UCAAUUAGGAAUUUAUGAUUUUUGUGUGUGUUGUGUUGUCACAGCAGCAAAGCCCAAGAAGGAAAAUAUAUUGAAGAGAGAGAGAGUGAGGAGAGAGAAAGAUUGAGUCUUUGAGGAGGAAGAAGAAGAGAGAGAGAGAGAGUGGUUUUUAUUUAGACAGAGUUGGAGGAAAGGAGACAUGUCCAAGUUCUUCCCUACACCUAUAUUCUUUGCUUAUUCAUCCCUUACCAGAUCCCAAAGGUGCUUCUGAAGAUGGGAAAGUAGAAAAGUUGUCUCCUUUACCUGUUUCUGGUUUAUACCUGUUUUGGGACACGACGAUAGAAUUAUCUAUACCAACAACUCAAAAGUUGGACAAGAACAUUUUCAACCAGAGUUCCGUGGCAAUGCCCCUUUAUACUAAUUCCAUGUCGUGGAAUCCAAGUGAACAAGUUCCACAACUUUUAUCCAAAGAUGUAAGCUUCAAAGCGAAAUUUCCGCCACAAGUUCAUCAUGGCGCAAAGCAUUUAGGACUCCAACUACAAACAGACCACAGAUCAUCAUCCAUAACCCAAUCAAUCGGUCACUCUCAAGAUCCAAGCAAUUCAUCAGAUUCUGGUGAAGUUCAAACAUGUGAUAAGGAUGCAGAAGGCAACAUGAAGCCAGUUCUCUUGCAGAGUAAUCAAGAUUUCAUUUUGAAUCCUUCUCAAGUUAGUCACGGAAAUUUAGUGGGUUGUGUACCAUAUCCUUAUGUCGACCCUUACUUCAGCGGGUUCUUGACUGCAUAUGGACCACAGGCGAUGUCCCAUAUGGUUGGGAUGGCACCUACACGAGUUCUAUUGCCUCCCGAUCUGGCACAAGAUGGACCCAUCUACGUCAAUGCAAAACAAUACCACGGAAUCCUCAGAAGGAGACAGUCCCGUGCAAAGUUGGAGGCUCAUAACAAACUCCUCAAAGCUCGAAAGCCUUAUCUCCAUGAGUCUCGCCAUCUUCAUGCCGUGAAUAGGGUAAGGGGCUCUGGUGGACGUUUUCUCAGCACAAAACAGCAGUCAGACCAGAACCCCUCCAGUAACACCCACCAUGUUUCGGACUCCAUCAACUCACAUCAGAAAGAUACAGGGGGCACAGAAAGUAAUCACUCGGGAAGCAGUGAUUUCCUCCCUAGUGUUGCACUCCACUCAGACAUGACUAGUGUUUCCAACACCAAUGACAACUUUCAGCAACCAGAUCGCAGGUUCUCAGGCAUCCCUCCCCAUAUGACUGGAGCAAUGCAGUUCCCUGGCGGGUUUAUGCGUGCUGGAAACCAGCACUGUGCUUCUGUUGUCCGGUGAGAGGUCAGCGCAAACAAGACCGUCCUGUUCUCACCGGUUAGGCAAUUCAUCCUUGGCUUUUCUCACUUGACAUUCCACCCUUCGUGCUUCUAACAAAAUGGUGGCAUCUAGAGAUGCUGUAAUCUCGUAGGUUUCAUAUGUGUUCCCUAUUGUUCUAAGUCUAGGCUGUUAACCUUGAUGUUAUGAGAUUGUGUUUGAUUCAAAUCGACUAAGCACUGCGUCGCGCGUCGUGAAUGUCGCGAAAGAACGGUUUGGUUUGAUUCGAUUCCGAUAUGUACGACUUUACAUUUGUGUGGCAAGUUCCUUGCAGAUGAUGGAUGUUUUAUUUAUAUAUUUAUUUGGGUUAAAAAAGUUUGGAUGAUAA